GUGCGAGGUGAUAGAAUUGUUUGCGUAAAAAUGGAAAACUGCAUAUAUGUCUACAAAAUCCAAACAAGUCCGAGGUCAAGUAAUACCUCAUGCCUAAGACCCUGCUGGGGCCAUGGCAAUUAGUCUACCAUUUGGACCCGAGAGCUCCGGAUGCCACUGCACUCUGCACUAGAAAAACACCCCAACUCACCAAUGACAGCAAAGCAGAUAUUGGAAGUCAUUCAGAAAGAGGGAUUAAAAGAAACAAGAAAUGGAACCUCUCCAUUAGCUUGUCUGAAUGCAAUGCUUCACACUAACACUCGAAUAGGGGAUGGAUCAUUCUUCAAAAUCCCUGGAAAGUCAGGCCUCUAUGCUCUCAAAAAAGAGGAGUCAUGCCUGGCAGAUGGAACGUUGGAUUUAGUCUGUGAAUCUGACCUGGAUGGCACAGAGAUGGCUGAGGCAAACGCCAAUGGAGAGGAAAACAGAGUCUGUACGAAGCAGGUAACUGAUGAGGCAUCUUCCACUCGAGAUUCAAGCCUUACUAACACAGCAGUGCAAAGCAAGUUAGUGUCUUCCUUUCAGCAGCACACCAAAAAGGCUCUGAAGCAGGCUUUGAGGCAGCAGCAGAAAAGAAGAAAUGGAGUCUCAAUGAUGGUAAACAAGACUGUCCCUCGUGUUGUUUUGACACCAUUAAAGGUGUCUGAUGAGCAGUCGGAUUCGCCUUCAGGAUCUGAAUCUAAAAAUGGUGAAGCAGACAGUUCAGAUAAAGAAAUGAAACAUGGGCAGAAAUCUCCCACUGGAAAACAAACAAAUCAGCACUUAAAACGAUUAAAAAAGUCUGGUUUAGGACACUUGAAAUGGACCAAAGCUGAGGACAUUGACAUAGAAACCCCAGGAUCUAUUCUUGUCAACACCAAUUUGAGGGCAUUGAUAAAUAAACAUACAUUUGCUUCCUUACCUCAGCAUUUCCAGCAGUACCUCCUUCUUUUGCUCCCAGAAGUGGAUAGGCAGAUGGGAAGUGAUGGAAUUUUACGCCUCAGUACUUCAGCUCUAAAUAAUGAAUUCUUUGCAUAUGCAGCACAAGGGUGGAAACAGCGACUGUCAGAAGGAGAGUUUACCCCUGAAAUGCAAUUACGAAUAAGACAAGAAAUUGAAAAGGAAAAGAAAACAGAACCUUGGAAAGAAAAAUUCUUUGAAAGGUUUUAUGGGGAAAAGCUGGGCUUGUCAAGAGAGGAAUCCAUGAAGCUCACUUCUGGACCAAACAAUGAUGGAGCCGAAGGUAGUUCCUCAUGCGGGACCUCUGGCCCUCCAGGUUCUUCUGCACAGGCCCCUGUGGAAGAACAACAGCCCAAAAGCAUGAAAAAUACCACUUCUCCAGAGCCCAAUUUCUGUGCUACACUUUGUCCGAUGAUAGAAGUUCCCACUAAAGAUGCAAUGGCAGAAUCAGAGGAUGUCUUGAUCCCUGAGGAAUCUGUGAUUCAGGAGGAAAUUGCAGAAGAGGUAGAGACUAGUAUUUGUGAAUGUCAAAAUGAACAUCACAAGAGUAUACCUGAAUUUUCUGAGGAAUCUGAAAGUCCAACCACCUCUCAUGAAGAGCCCCAAUUAGCACCUCCAGAGGAUAACUUGGAAUCCUGUGUUAUGAUGAAUGACGUUUUAGAAACUUUGCCUCAUAUUGAAGUUAAGAUAGAAGAGAAAUCGGAAUCACCCCAGGAAGACAUGUCAGUUGUUAUCGAUCAUAUAGAAGCCUGUGACUCUCUUGAUCCUUCUGCUUCAUCUGUGACUCAUAUCAGUGACGCAGAACAUAAGGAACCAGAAACUUCAGUAGAGACCAAUAGUCCAAAAUUAAAAACAGGAUCAUCUUCUCUAGAAGACCAAUUUCCAAAUGAAGGAAUUGCCAUAGACAUGGAGCUCCAGAGUGAUCCUGAUGAACAGCUUUCUGAAAAUGCUUGCAUCUCUGAAACCUCCUACUCUUCCGAGAGCCCAGAGGGAGGCUGUGCUAGCCUCCCAUCUCCAGGAGGAGAGACCCAAUCUCCAUCUGAAGAAUCAUGUACUCCAGCCUCCCUGGAGACAACGUUUUGUUCUGAGGUCUCCAGCACUGAAAACACAGACAAAUAUAAUCAGAGAAAUGCCACUGAUGAAAACCUUCAUGCAUCUUUGAUGUCAGAAAUAUCUCCAAUAUCCACAUCGCCUGAAAUAUCAGAAGCAUCUCUUAUGUCUAACUUACCACUAACCUCUGAAGCAUCACCAGUAUCCAACUUACCUUUAACUUCAGACACAUCACCGAUGUCUGAUUUACCUUUGACAUCAGAUACUUCUUCAAUGUCUUCCGUACUUCUCACCUCUGAGACUACUUUUGUAUCCAGUUUGCCACUUCCUUCAGAAACAUCUCCAAUUUCUAAUUCUUCCAUGAAUGAUAGAAUGUUACAUCAACAAAGAAAGUCACCUUCUGUGUCUGAAGAGUCACUCUCUCCACAGAAAGAUGAACCUUCUGCCCCUGCCAAAUCCCUGGGAGAGAACCUCAUCUCCCAGCAGAAGCCUCUCUCCAAUACUCCUGAACCCAUCAAAAUGAGUUCUUCUGCCAUUGCUCCUGAAGCGUUUCCAUCUGAAGAACUGCACAGUAAGACCCUGAGUCAGCAGCCUUGUAAAUCACAUAUUGAGAUUGAAAAGCCCUAUCCUCCAUCCAUUGCAGAACUUCCUUCUACAGAAAUGAUGAAAGUUAAAAAUCACAGUGUCCUGCAAAGAACAGAAAAGAAAGGGGUAUCUUCACCAUUGGAAUUGUCUGUCUUUUCUGAAGAUGCAGAGAGUAAGGGAAAUGAGCUUCCAUCAGCUAAAUUGCAGGACAAACAGUAUGUCUCAUCAACCGAAAAGGCUUCGUUUUCAGAAGGUUUGAGAAAUAAAACACAUAAGCAAGGGAACUCACAGAAUCGCUUGGAGACCUCACAUACUUCCAAGUCAUCAGAACCCUCCAAGUCACCUGAUUGCAUAAGAAAUGAAAGUAGAGAAUCAGAGAUAUCAAAGAGGAAAACUGCAGAGCAGCAUAGCUUUGGAAUCUGUAAGGAAAAGAGAGCUAGGAUAGAGGAUGAUCAGUCAACCCGGAAUAUAUCAUCUAGUAGCCCACCUGAGAAAGAACAGCCUCCAAGAGAAGAACCUAGGGUGCCCCCUCUCAAGAUCCAGCUUUCCAAAAUUGGGCCACCUUUUAUCAUCAAGAGCCAACCAGUGUCCAAAGCAGAGUCUCGAGCAUCCACUAGCAGCACCUCUGUCAGUGGGGGGAGGAACACCGGAGCCAGGACCCUGGCAGACAUCAAAGCUCGUGCCCAACAAGCCCGUGCCCAACGUGAGGCUGCUGCAGCUGCUGCUGUAGCGGCUGCAGCCAGCAUUGUCUCUGGAGCCAUGGGGAGCCCAGGAGAAGGUGGGAAGGCAAGAACUCUGGCACACAUCAAGGAACAAACCAAGGCUAAGCUCUUUGCAAAGCAUCAAGCACGAGCCCACCUCUUCCAGACCCCUAAAGAGACGCGAUUACCUCCUCUCAGCUCCAAGGAAGGGCCUCCAAACUUGGAAGUCUCUUCUACUCCUGAAACAAAGAUGGAAGGUUCUACUGGUGUCAUUAUUGUCAAUCCAAACUGCAGAUCUCCUAGCAACAAGUCUGCGCACCUCCGCGAGUCCACCACUGUAUUACAGCAGUCUCUUAACCCCACUCAACUUCCAGAAACUGCCACUGAUUUAUCUGUGCAUAGUUCUGAUGAAAACAUACCUGUGUCACAUUUAUCUGAGAAAAUUAUUUCAUCUACCUCUUCUGAAAAUAGCAGUGUGCCCAUGCUUUUUAAUAAAAAUUCUGUCCCCGUGUCUGUUUGCAACACUGCUAUGUCGGGAGCAAUUAAAGAACAUCCCUUUGUGAGUUCUGUUGACAAAUCCUCUGUUCUAAUGUCUGUUGACAGUGCAAACACUACAAUUUCUGCUUGUAAUAUAAGUAUGUUAAAAACCAUCCAGGGAACUGACACUCCAUGCAUAGCCAUUAUACCAAAAUGUAUUGAAAGCUCUCCUAUUCCGGCCACUACAGAGGGCGCCGGCAUGUCGAGCCCCAUGGAUGAUAAGCCGUUGCUAGUACCAAGCAGCAGUGCCACUAACUUAGUCUCCAGUCACUACACCUCUGUGCCAACUCCCUCUCUUGGAAGUACUUUGCCAAACCAUCUCUCCACUAGCUCUAUCUUGAUUCCCCCAUCGGGAAUGAACAGAUUUCCUUCUGAGAAGAUAGCCAUGCCUGGGAGUGAAGAGCAGGCCACCGUAUCCAUGGGUACCACUGUGAGAGCAGCCCUGAGCUGCAGUGAUUCAGUGGUGGUCACAGACUCCCUGGUUGCACGCCCACCUGUCGCAAUGUUUACUGGAAAUAUGCUAACUAUAAACUCUUACGAGAGUCCUCCCAAAUUAAGUGCUGAAAGCUUGGACAAACCUUCAGGGCCUCGAAACAGGGCAGACAAUUCUGGAAAACCUCAGCAGACACCAGGGGGCUUUACACCAGCAGCCAUAAACAGAUCGAUUCCCUGUAAAGUCAUUGUUGACCACAGCACCACGCUGACCUCCAGUUUGUCUCUGACUGUCUCCAUUGAAAGUACAGAAGCCAGCUUGGACCUCCAGAGCAGGUCAGUGAGGACAGAAGUAUCUAUUCAGCCCGUGGCGUGCCCUCAGGUGUCUGUUAUUAGCAGGCCUGAGUCAGUGGCGACAGAGAGCAUAGAUCACAGUUCUGGUUUCAUUGCUGCCUCUGUAGCCAAACAAGACUGUAAAACCUUGCAGGUCCCCUGCACCAGUCUCCGAGAAUUACCCCUUGUUCCGGAUAAAUUAAACGAGGUGACUGCUCCUAGUCAUAGCUUUGCUGAGCAGGCGUGUAACCCAGCUACUUUCAAAAGUGAAGCAGACACAACCUGUAGCAAUCAGUAUAACGCAGGAAACCGGAUUUGCUGGAAUGAUGAUGCCAUGAGGAGCACAGGGCAGCCUCUGGUUACUCACUCGGGUUCAAGCAAGCAGAAAGAAUACGCUGAGCAGAGUUGCCCAAAGGCCAUCAAAACCGAGCACACCAGCUACUCCCACGGGUCGGAACUUCACCCCAGGAAUCUCAUAGCCAAUGUCAGUCUUCCUGUGAAGGCCGAACCUCAUGAAGUAGACAAGGGCUUUAGGAUGGAGACUGAAGACUUCACUGGCCCUGAGCUGCCUCCCCCAGCUGCAGAAGUGGUCUCCAGUGUGCAACAAACACAGAACGUGAAAGCUUCCACCUCGAGUCCCAUGGAAGAGGCUAUUUCCUUGGCUCCAGACACCCUGAAAAGAGUUCCGAGUGCAGGAAGCUCAAGCUGUCGCCUGUCGUCCGUGGAGGCUAACAAUCCACUGGUGACACAGUUACUGCAGGGCAACCUGCCUCUGGAGAAAGUGUUGCCGCAGCCCAGGUUGGGAGCCAAGCUCGAAAUCAACAGGCUUCCUCUGCCCCUUCAAGCUACCUCAGUGGGUAAAACAGCACCAGAGAGGAGCGUUGCUGAAAUGCCGUCCAGCUCUCCAAAUCCAGAUGGCAAGGGCUACUUGGCAGGGAUGCUGGUGCCAACACAGAUGAGAAAGCGAGAAAACCACCCCAAGAAGAGAGUAGCCAGGACUGUGGGGGACCACACUCAAAUUAAGUGUGAACCGGGGAAAUUGUUGGUGGACCCAGAUGUUAAAGGAGUACCGUGUGUCAUCAACUCCGGCAUUAGCCAGCUAGGACACAGCCAGACGUUUAAGCAAGAGUGGCUGAACAAGCACUCCAUGCAGAACAGAAUUGUGCACAGCCCUGAGGUCAAACAGCAAAAGCGGCUGCUGCCCGCCUGCAGCUUCCAGCAGAGCCUGUUUCAUGUGGACAGAAAUGGCAGCUUCCACCCUGAUGCUGGUACCUCACACAGACAGCAGUUUUACCAAAUGCCUCUGGCUGCCCGGGGCCCCGUGCCCACGGCAGCUCUACUACAGACGCCUUCCAAGACCCCAGUGGGCUGUAAUGCAUUUGCCUUCAAUAGGCAUCUUGAACAGAAGGGACUAGGAGAAGUUAGUCUUCCAUCAGCACCUCACCAGCUAAGGCUAGCCAACAUGUUGUCCCCGAACUUGCCCAUAAAAGAAGGCGAUGAGGUGGGAGGCGCCAUGCACACAAUGUCCAGCAAAGCACUCGUGCAUCCUCCGCUGCCCCCACCGCCCCCGCCCCCACCUCCUCCACCACCACCGCCACCUCCACCUCCACUACCUCCACCUCUCCCCAGUGCAGACGUCCCAUCCGAUCAAAAGCAACCGCCAGUUACCAUGGAAACCACUAAGAGACUUAGUUGGCCACAGUCCACGGGCAUAUGUAGCAAUAUAAAAUCGGAACCUCUUUCUUUUGAGGAAGGUUUAAGCAGCAGCUGCGAACUGGGCAUGAAACAAGUUUCCUAUGACCAGAAUGAAAUGAAAGAACAGUUAAAAGCAUUUGCGCUAAAAAAUGCAGAUUUCUCUUCCUAUCUGCUUUCUGAGCCGCAGAAGCCUUUUGCUCAGUUAGCUGCUCAGAAAAUGCAGGUGCAGCAACAACAGCAGCUCUGCGGAAAUUAUCCAACAAUACACUUCGGUAGCACGAGCUUCAAAAGAGCAGCGUCUGCAAUAGAAAAGUCCAUUGGGAUUUUGGGAAGUGGUUCUAGUCCUGCCACAGGCCUGCCCGGUCAGAGCGCUCAGAUGCCUGUUCAGAACUUUGCCGACAGCAGCAAUGCGGAUGAGUUGGAACUGAAAUGCUCUUGCCGGCUGAAAGCCAUGAUUGUGUGCAAAGGCUGUGGGGCCUUCUGCCACGACGACUGCAUAGGUCCUUCCAAACUCUGUGUAGCCUGCCUGGUGGUGCGAUAAGAGCACAGUGAAAGAUGCAGUAUCCCUUUCAACCUGGAAAAGCCAAACAGCAUCAGCAACAGCAAAUUGAAUAAUGCAGUAGCUUAUGUGCUAACUUAUUUUGCUCUGGAACAGAUUCUUUUCUCUAUAGGAUUAUUAUUUUCUUGCAUUUCUCAUAAAGUAGCGGAUGCUUCCCUACUGAAUGGCUCAGCGGUGUCUUUCACAUGUUUAGUUGCCAUUCCCAGCUCUGAAGUGUUUCGGUCUGUGUAUACAGGUCACUGCCCCGCGCCCCCUCCCUUUUAAGCCAGGUGUAGAUAGGAAAAUGACAUUUUUAAUUGCUGAAUCACCACAAAUGCAACUGUAGAAAGAGAAUGAUAAUAGUGAGUUCAGUUGGUCAUGCCUUUUGCUAUAGAUUAGUGAUUACAGCAGAUGUCUCUAUACAUGACUUUUCUAGACCCACCUUUUCCAAAAUGACUAGUUGUAUUUGGAAUAAGGAAUCUGAUUCCUGUGUUUACUCAUAUCACAGAAGAUACAUUAAAGGAGAUAUGCCAUUAAUGAAUCCACUGUCCCGGUUCUCUUUCCUCCCUUCUUAUUCUUUCUCAAAGACUAUGGCAGAAAAUCUGGAUCUGCCUUGGAUUUUGUACACAGAUUAUCGUGAUAUGUGUCCCGCACCUAAAACUGCAGAAUGGGCCUCGGGUCCAGUAGCCUGGAUCAAGCCCAUGGACACCUGGCAGUGUAUGAUCCAUUGGCCAACAGAGAGCUGAAGGCCCAGAGGAUUUUAGAGCUUCAUGUGUGGCAUUUAAGAGCCAGUAUGAAAGAAAAAUGCCCUGUAAUUGAAGGCAAACAAAAUGCUGUAUAUGCAUGCAUAAAGGUUUAAUAAUGUAAAUAUUAGUCAUUCUAUUCAUUAAUUCAAUAACUAUUCAGGAGAAAUAAUAGUAACCCUUAUUAAUGACACCACCGCUUGUGGCCUCCACCUAUGCAAAAGUUGGCCAUCUCGUUUUACAAGUGACGUUGAUAAAAGGGACUACAGAAGGCUGAAGUGUAAUGCUUUUCAGAACAUCCUUUUCCUUGUGAUUGUCCAUGAUUCUAGCCCUUAUUUUUUUAAAUGCUCUACUAUUGCAUGUUUUGCUUUGCCCCCCCUCUCUUUAAAGAUGGGGGAGUGGUACUGCUCUCAGAAAAGGGAUACUGCAUCUUAAAAUUAUCAUCAGUGUUUAUCCAGUGUGGUUUGAGUGUCAAGUAUUUGAGCUACAUUCCCUAUGUUCUGGCCACCCUCAUCCUGGAGAACGGCUGUAGUUCAGGAGUCUCUGUUCCCAAAAGCAAGUUCAAAAGCACAGAAAUAUUGUGAGAAGGUAAAAGAAAGCAAAAACCACACCCAUUUAACUUCAGAUUACAGAGCACAAAACAUGGAGUGCCAUUAACCGGUUGAUUGAUUAUGGCUGUAGAAUUAAAAACAAAAAAGAUGGGGGAGUAUCAUCUCUAUCCAGGGUAAGAAUGACAGACACUUUCACAUGCGACACUUGAAUCAAUGUAAACUUUUUGACAUUCCCUGAUAACAUGUCUUAAAAAUUAACUGGAACGAGCAGAAAUUACAUUCGUGAAAGAAACAACGCUUGCAAUUUUUAACUGAUGAUCUACUAUGGUAUUUUUUCUUUCAUAUUGUUGUGAUGUUGCCAGAUUUCUUUAGGUGACAGUGAUGUCAUUUUUAAUAACAAGUUGUUGAUAGUGAAAGGUAGUGUAUCUUAACAGCAAAGAAAGACUUACCCUGUGGCCGUGAUUUGGUGGUGCUUCAGUAAUGUUACUUCUGCUUUUUUGCAUUCAAAUUAACAAAUGAGAAAGUUAGCAACACACUUAACCAGCUCUUCCCAAGGAAUGCAGUGUAAGUGCCAGCGGAUCCAACUGCACACCAGGUUGCAUUUGGAUGGUGUCCUUAUCAGUGAUGUCUUUAUGGUCUGCUUGACUCUGAUAUCAUCUUGAUCUCGAAGAUCAUGCUCUUAGCCUCACAGCGGGGCCACCCCUGUAAUAUAAACAGUUGCAUGUCAACUUCUUCCAAAUUGAGUCACUGCUAUACAAUGUCAGAUACUGUCUACACCAGCAGAUUGAAAACUACAUCAGUAACUGACACGUUCUGAAAGAAACUCCAGCCUACAAAACCUUUGCACUCUAUGUGAGGUACAAUUGAGGUUGACAUGAUCCCGAGCUCAUUGUCAGCUCCGUCACUGUUGAAUAUUGCCUGCAAGUUUCUUAUUGGGAAUACGUAAAGUGUCCUUCUAUAUGUUUGAAUUUUUUCACAUAACAGGUUUGGAGAAUCAGUGGUUGGUAGUGCAUGGAUUCUAUUGCCCAGGUCCAAAGAGCAUAACUUUUCUGUGCCCCUGCUCUUUUCACCCCAGUUCAAAUUUCUAGUGUUCUCAUAUGGUUCCUAUCACUGAAAAAAUUAAUAUCUUUGAGCUGAAAAUAAUGAGAGAAAAAAAAUUCAGAAGUAAAAUGUGAGUGAGUUAUGUUAUAAGUCUCCAUUUUAUAUAUACAAGAGCCAGUAUAUUUGAAUUAGGUAAGUAGGUUCUUAGUUUCCUAAUUUCUACAUGUGUCUGCCUAUGUACAAAUAGAGUAUGUAAUUUCCUACUUGGUUAUUGUGGUGUAAUGUGCAAAUUUCAGUGUGUGCAUUAUCCUGAUUAUUGGACACUAUUAUAUCCCUAUCAGGAAUAGGACUUGCACAUUUAACAUAUUUUUCUUUAAAUCACAAAGGAUGUAUUUCCCUAAGCAGCACUUUUGGAGCAGGGUAAGGAAGAAAACUGCUAUUAUUCCCUAAUCCCCCUCCUGUAUGAUAUGCAUAUGCCUGAGGUGUAUAAAGACAUUUAGGUAGUUAAUGGGCAUGUUAAUAAGAGAAUUCUGAUGCAAAUUCAUUUUCAAAAUGAAAAUAUUUUUCCUUCCCCAAAGUGAGGAUAGCAGAAGUUUUGGUGAAUUGAGCACCAUAGUUAUAUAUAUUCCCUGUUAAGAUCUAGUUUGAAGAAAAACUUGAAAACAAACCUAUAAGGUUGAGCCUGGUUGCUAUAAAGAUUUUGUGAUGGUGUGUGUUUCUGGGAUGAGAUAUAGGAUGUGUAAUUGACUUCUGGACCUUGGAUAUUCUUACUCAGUUCAAAAUAAACGUACAGAGAGGAGCUGGUGGCAUGGUGCUUUAUAAUGCAAUUGACAGUCAAAAUCCAAGUUGCUGCAGCCCCAUUUACUUUGCAAGCACUCGCACAAUUUCAGAAAAGAAAGUUGUUGUGGCCUCUGGUUUCCUGGGCUUCUCAGGGGUAUGGUGAAGUCCCAGGUUUUAGCAGCUGAAGCCCAGUUGAGGGGUCUCUAUGGUGCUGCAGCCCAGCACGGCAGUGGCCACCUGGGGGAGUGACCUCCGCUGACCGUGCAGAGCUCAGCCUCGCUGUCCAGCCGUGUUCCCAGAGAACAAUGUGAAGAGUCCUAGAACAGGAACUCAGCAGACUGUCAGGGGCCUGUGUAGCCAAAAUGUUACUGAAUAUAAAAAUCCUGUUGUCUUCAGUCAUCAUGCUUUGUCACUGUAAAGCAAACAAAAAGCAUUUUUAAUAUAAUUUAAAGGAGCUGCUUUUUUAUAGCACAUACUAUAUUGCUUUGUACUAUAUUUGAUAGUUGCAGAAUAAUUUAGACUAGAAAACUUUGUUGUAUUUGUACUGUUCAUGAAUGUUUCGAAGAAAGUGCUUUACUUGGUUGCCAUAAUUUUCUUGUACUGCUGUAUUUUCCCCCAACUUCAUGGAAACCUAAUCUGAUUCAUACUUUCAGUACAGUUGUUGUUGUUGUUUUAAAGUGUUUGUUUGUGUUUUUUUUCUUUUGGGUCAGUAUUCUGAAUGUUUACAUCUGUUUGACAUUAGCCAUUUAAUGCCUUUUUUUUUAAAGGCAGAAUUACUCCUACAGUGUAACAGCGAAAUGUGAAAUCAACCCAAACAUAGCAUGCAUGGCAAACAAGAGUGAGGGCAGAGGCCCUGAACAUACAUAGACGUUUUGUAUCAGCAUACAGAAAAGUAAAACCCUCCUUCAGUCCUCUACCAAAGAAUAUAUUAUUCCCACAGGAAAAACUCUGAAAGGUGUGUAAAAUCCUCAGAAGGGGGAGCAGUUGAUUCACUCAGACUGCUACAAAUUAAUACUGUUAUGCUUGCUUUGAUACCUGACUAAAUGUGACUGCGUGCAACAAGCAUUUAAAAAAAUUUUUUUAGACAGUGCUUUGUUUAGAAUUCAGGGAUCAUAUAUUCUUUAAUGGUGCUGUUUUGUUUUUUUUUCAAUUUCUUCUUUUCUACAAAGAAAAAAAGUGUUGCCUACAAAAGUG